GCUGCUGGAAGCGAACUUGCCCUGUCACAGUUACCCAGCAUUCUGCGCGGUCGACGGUUAAUGGAAAAGGGUCAAGCAAACCUUACCGCGCCAUGAAUUCGGCUCUGGUGACGUUUGAAGAAAUCGCUGUAUAUUUCUCAGAGGAGGAGUGGUCGUCUCUGGAAGAAUGGCAGAAGGCGCUGUAUAAAGACGUUAUGAGGGACAAUUACCAAAUGGUGCUCUCCCUCGGUCGUCCUGAUGUUAUAUCUAGCAUUGAAUUAGGAUUUGACCCAUUUAUCGGCAGUUUGAAGGGAAGAGGCCAUUAUGCAAACUUUCAUGGGGAUGGAAAAGAUUGUGCAUAUGAGAAGCAACCAGAAGCCAGCCAAGAGAUUCAGAAAGGAGAUUCAGUGCCACAAAGCCACAGGGAAUCUGCUGAGUACACAAGUCUGCAGGAAGGCCCUAUGGAUGAUAGUCCAGGUACAAGCAUGAAACGCCAGAGAAAGUACCCAAAAGUUAACCCUUUUAGAUGGGUAAAGCAACAGAAAAGUAUGGAAGGCGGUAAGCGAAAACGAUCGUGCAAAGCGGAGUACAAGGAAUACACAGACAGUGUGCCUGAUUAUUCACUGGAUGUUAACGAUAAUAUAACAGAAGAUGAUGAGCCGGCAACAUCCACAGAACCUUCUCUUUACAAUGACAAGUCAGUAUCUCUGAGGCCACAUAGACCUAGUACAAGGAGACAGGCAAACGAAAAGACUGACAAAGUUAACAAGCCUGUAAAGUUCUCACAGAUUUGUGCAGGGACAUCUGAGGAGAUACCUAACCAGACUGUUGAAAAUCAGAGAAAAGAUGAUCAAAGAAAGAGAAAUAUUUUAUGUCAACAAAAACCGGAGAAAAAAAUGCCAGGUGUAUGUGAUAACAGCGUAACCACCUCAAACUUUACUCAUAUUAAUGGAAGAGGUUUGUGCUUUUCCAAGAGGGAAGAUUAUGAUGCACUAGACCACUUGGACAGAGAAGAUACAUCUGGGGUUAUAUGUAGAGAGGUUAGCAAACUCCAGCAAAAAGGAAAACUACUUGUGUAUGAUAGCAGUGCUCAAGCAGGCGAAUCCAAGACUCCUGAAAUCAAGAACACCAAAGCCCCAGAUAAUGGUGACAAAAGUGUUGGAACAAUGAAAAAUGUGGAAAACAGACAGACAACACAAACAAAAGCCAUUGAAACCCCAAAAAACAGUCAAGAAAGCAAGAACAUUAGCAGAGACACUCUCCAUGGGGCACACUGCCCUGGGCCUCCCUGUAAAGACAGCAUUGAGGUCACACAAACACCAGAAAAGGGUAAGAGAGGAAUUAUAUCAGUGCUGAAAAAUAAUACAAAGCAUAGAAAGGACAGGCAUGUCAGAUUUAGUGAUACAGUCACUAUGUUCAUGAUUGAAGGUCGUGAGGGUAAAAGUGGUUUUAAAAAGGGAGAUAAUGGCUCGCAGAGUAGGAGACAUGUGUCCAGGCCUAGUUUGCUUGAAGAGCCAGUAAGACAGCCACGAGUGAUCCUGAGUAGGCACGUCAAAACAGUGGAGCAAGAGCAGUUACAUGCAGAAAAAAAUAUCUCUAAUACGAUUAAGAAAGAUGAGAACCGAGAAAACUUUCAAUCCAGAAGAAAAAACUCAAAAGUUUGUUGCACAGACAAUGAGGAAAGUGAUGACGCAAACAAUAAUGUACUAGCAGAGUCAAGCAAAAGCAAUAGAAUGAGGCAGUGGACAGAGACAGAGAGGCGUGAGUUCAAGAAAAUAGAACUGGCUGAUUUGUCCAUAACUAUAUUGGCUGAUGAGGACAGUGACCAGAUACCUCAGGCUCAAAUCCUAAAGAUGUACAGUGUGAGUGAGGAAAAGACAAAUGUUCUCACGGGUGAGAAAGACGAGCAAACAGUCUGUGCAGGAGAGAUGAAAAUGUCCAAAGAAUCUGAAUCUAUGGAACUUGUAAGGAAGGAGACGUCUAAUGCCGGUUCUGAAAGAAUCCCAACAAAGGAUAAUCACUUGAUUAAAUCCUAUUCAUGUACAUAUUGUGGUAAAAUAACUCACUGGUCAAAACUGAAUUUUUAUCAGAAAGCCAACAUAGGGAAAAUGCCAUAUAAGUGUAGUAAGUGCAUCAGAUGGAAAGGCAUGAAUAUCUUCACUGCACCUGUUCCAGCUGGAGAAGUAGAAUGCGAUAACAGUGAUGAUACUGGUCCAAGUAGUUCUGGAGUAAAUAAACUAGCAGUUAGUCCAUCCAAAAACUAUAGUAACAGAAUUGCUGAAAACAUACCCGUCACCUCACUGCAAAAAGUUCACUCUGAAAAUAGAUCCUUCCCCUGCAGUAUAAAUGCAGAAAUGAAUCCCAAGCUAAUAAGUGAUGAUGAAAAAAUGCGUGAAUCUGAGACAAUGACAGCAGUAAAGAACAAGAGCACUGAAAGAGGCAUCAAUAAUACGAAAGAAAAAUCUCAAAACAUUUCAGGUGAUAACAAGCAGCAAAAACGUUCUGGAAAUUUGGAAAGCAAGAGUGAUGGAGUCUACGCACAUUUGACUAAAACUGACCAAGACAAUAUAGAACGUAUCAGGAAAAAAUACGUGGCUUGUGAAAAUUGUGGGAAACAUUUUAACAAGCGAAGAUUUCUGCAAAAUAUGUUCAGCACAAACAAAAAGCCUUUUAGGUGCAUUAGAUGCAAGAAACCGUUUGAUAGAGACUCUGGAAAUAAAACAAAGAAAGUGAAGAACUUAGAACAUCACCAGAAAUCGGCUAGUAAGCAGACUAGUAAUUCUGUUUCUCCAGAAAGUAAAAACAGUAAAAAAAAAUACAAACGUAAGAAAGGUGCUAAAGUUGAUAAAAGGUUUAAAAGUUCUACUGUCAAGGUGACAAAAUCUGAUCAGUCAUUGCAAGAAAAACCUGUAAAUAAAAGAGAAUACUGUUGCGGAGAGCAUAACCCAAAACUAAACAGUGAGUCAAGUGUUUGCUGCAAAUGUGGUAAGAGCCUUAAGAAGAAAACUCCAGAGACUGAGCCUGUAAAAAAGAAACGUCCUUAUAAAAAAAGAAAGCCUAAACCAACUUUAGAUGAAAGUGACCCUUAUAGUUGCAAGAUAUGUGGGAAAACAUUCACACGUAAAUUUUCAGCAAUGAAGCACAAGUCUGUACACACAGGCGAGAAACCUUUUUCCUGUGACGUAUGUGGGAAACAUUUCAGGGACCGUAUUAAUGUUAGACUUCACAUGAGAACCCAUACUAAGGAGAAACCCUAUACUUGCCUGGAAUGUGGGAAACAGUUUAGCCAAGCAUCAGCAGUUGUUGUACACCAAAGAACGCACACAAACGAGAGACCAUUUGAGUGUUUGGAAUGUGGGAAGUCUUUUAGUGAUCGCUCAACAUUACUGAACCAUAAGAGAAUUCAUACUGGGGAGAAACCUUUUGCCUGCAAGUAUUGUGGCAAGACAUUUAAACAGCAGGCACAUGUUGGCAGGCAUGAAAAAAUUCAUACAGGUGAGAAACCGUAUGGAUGUACAAUUUGUGGGAAACGAUUUAUUGAUCGGACAAAGCUUAUUAAACAUGAACUUAUCCACACAAGAAAAAAAUGACUAAAUAUAUUGGUGCUAAUGUUCUAUAAAAGUAAAAUAUCUAUUGUAUGAUAUAUGCUCAAAGUACUCUUCUUUUUUUUAUAGAAGAUAUAUUCUGUAAAUUAAUAUUUUAUUGUACAUGGACUUGAAUGUUCCAGUAUCUGUAUUUGCCCCUUUAUUAGUUGAUACAUUUCAGUUACUUUAUUUUGUUACCCUGUUUAUAUUUGUAUAUAAUUUUGUUUUAUAGAGAGAUUUAACAAAUACCCAGUUGUAACCAUUAUUUUUUUUGUCUGCUAAUAAAGCAGACCAACUGAAAUCUACCCAAGUAAUAUCUAAUUAGUUUAAACAGGGCAUUUCCUUAUACGGCACCCUAUUCCAAUCCAUUAGAAUGACCUUGCCAAGAGCAUAAUAUGGGCUUUUCUCCAGACUAGCAGCAGCAGAGUGAGGGAGCGCAUUGCAAUAAAAAUACAUUUCGCAAUGGCUGUACUGCCACUUGUUAAAAAAAAAAAAUAUCUUACUGAGAGGUGGAGUAGGGUUAUUAAAAGAGAAUUUUUUUUAUUUUACAAUAAUAUGUUAAGUAACAGACUCCUAAUGCAUUAAUCUGCAGCAUUAGAAUUAUGGAAAGUGUUUUUUUUUUUCAUUUUUCUUUUGUAAAUUGAUGAUGGUCCACAGUCCUCCAUAACAUAUGGGAUAUAUUUCCCGCCACUAGGAGGAAGUCAAGAACCCAUAUCAGAUCUUAAUAUCCCUCCCAUCUCUCUUAGUUUUUUUCUCGGCCUCGUAGGAGUUGGUUAAGAGUAGAGAAGUUUCCAGCUACUUGCUUAUGGAUUACAAAUUGGGAGCUCAGCCCUAUGUGAGGCCCAUAGUCCCUGGGAAUUAUCAUUCACAAAGAAGACAGAAAAGAAACUUCACAGCAGCUGUAUUAUACAGGGACAUGGGAAUACCCUGUUAUGUGCGCAGAAUUUCCCUAACGAGACUUCAGCUUCCCUGGCUUUCCUAUUCAAUCUGGAGCUUUUACCAGGCAGAAAACAGCUCAGGAAAAUAUAGGGCAUUUAUUUGUAAAGUGAUAAAUGAGUAAUUCCAUUUCUAAGCACUUCUCUAUUACUGGAGCUGCCAAGGAGCUACUUGGACUAGAGUCUGAAGCAUGGGAGCAAGUAAUGCAGUUUCAAUAAAAGUGUCAAAAGAGUUAAGCUUAGUAUAAAA